AUGCCGCUGCCUACCCUGCUCUGCCUCUGCGCGGCCGCCGCCGCUGCCUCCUUCACGAGCCGCGGCGACUACCGCUUGGCCGGUCUCGUCCAGAUGCACGCCCCGGCGCCGCCGGUGGACGGCUGCGACGAUGCUGCCACCUUCAAGAGCCACAGCUACAGCCUGUCCCAGGCCAUGCGCUUUGCCGUGGAGGAGAUAAACCACUCCAGCGCCCUCCUCCCCAAGGUCACCUUGGGCUACGACAUCCACGACACCUGCUUGGAGCCCGCCAGCCUCCACGCCAUGCCACGCCAUGCUGCCCUCGCCCGGAAGGGCAGGCAGGAGGUCGAGGUGCUCCCCACCUUCCACCACUACAAGCCUGAGGUGGUGGCAGCCAUCGGGCCUGACAGCACCCAGCUGGCCCUCACCACAGCAGCCAUCCUUGGCAUCUUCCUCAUACCGGAGAUAAGCGCAAUUAGCUACGAAGCCUCCUUGGAGAUGCUGAGCCUGAAGCAGUUCUACCCCUCGUUCCUGCGCACCGUUCCCAGUGACAGGCACCAAGUGAAGGCUAUCUUCCUGCUCCUGCAGCAGUUUGGGUGGACUUGGGUGGCUCUGCUGGGCAGUGACAAUGCCUAUGGCAGGGACAGCUUAGAUGCCCUCUACAAGCUGCUGACUGCAAGCGAUGUGUGCGUUCCCUACCGAGGCAUCAUCCCCAUCAACAAGGACGCCAGCAGCCCGGAGCUCCACAACCUGGUCAGAAUCCUCACAGACGUCAGGGUCAAUGUCACCAUCAUCUUCUCCAACAGACGAAGUGCCUGCCCUUUCUUUGAAGUGGUGGUCCAGAGGAACGUCACGGGCAUGGUGUGGGUGGGCUCCGAAGACCGGUUGUUAGCCCAAACAAUCUGGCAGGUGCCUGGCAUCCAGAGUAUCGGCUCAGUGAUUGGGAUGUCGGUUGAGAAGACAAUGGCAGAGGAAAGCACUGUGGCUGAAUGUGCCGGCAGCACAGGGGCAGGCGGGGGAAUCAGAGGGAGCACCCAGCUGGACUGCACCCAGCGCUGCCCCGGCUGCCACUCGCUCGCUGCUGCCCCCGACACAUAUGAUGCUCAAGCCUCCUUCAACGUGUACUCAGCUGUGUAUGCCGCAGCCCAUGGCCUCCACGACCUGCUGGGUUGCGCCUUGGGGGUGUGCAGCAAAGGCACAGCCUAUCCCUGGCAGCUCCUACAAAAAAUCAAGCAGGUGAACUUCACCCUGUACGAGAGCUGAAUCUCUUUUGAUGCCAAUGGGAACAUUCGUAAAGGCUAUGCCAUCGUCAUAUGGAACUGGAACGGCCCGAGCUGGGCUUUCGAUGUGAUAGGAACUUUCAGUGUGAACCCCGACAGGCUGAGCGUUGACCAGGGCAAAAAUCCUGUG